AUGCCACCCUCUGAAUCCAAGCCUACCGAGGUUUCAUCCACCGAGAUCAUGGAUACUGACCUUGGUACAUCCGAUACUCCCUUGUCCGACUUGCCAGCCCGUUCUACUGCAGCUUCUGCGCUUUUGGCACUGUCACAUCCUCCUGUUGGUAACUCUGAGAAUGCAGAGUGCGCAAAAGACCUAAAACAAGGCAAUCGCACCAAGAAAACCAACUACGAUCUCUCCGAAGAGCAUCUCAGCACACUUUCUGUUCGUGAGAAACUUCGCAAAGGUAUCGCAAUGGGCUUUGCCAACAACGUAGUACGUGGAAAUGCCACCGAUGGUAUGAUCGAGUCGAACUUUCAUCGUACUCCUUGCCCACUACCCGCCGACUCGAUGACCGUCGCUCGUAUAAUGAAAAGCACUGCUCGUCAGCGUCAUAUGGACUCGAGACUCUACCACCAUUGGAAUGGGCUACCUCAGCCAACAGAAAUGGUCAACCACGGACUGGUGGUCGAGGGAUCUGAAGCUCUUGAGCCACAUGACGCCAAAAAGGAGAGAAUGAAGCACAAGAAAGACAGAAUGCCUAAUGUGAUAGCGGCUAGCCAGCGACUUCAAGUCAUCACUGGAACCGCCAACUUCAACCCAUUCAAACCCAACUUUUCGUUUCCCAAACUUACCCCAGGUCGGAUCAUGAUUGUUGAGCCUUCCGAGGCUGAACAGCGGGAAGGGCUGGUAUCUUGGCUCGAAUCCGCUUGUCGGCGUUUCGGAUACAGGUCACUUGAAAUCGAUUCGCUCUCAUUCAGACACGAUUACAGGCAUAACAAGUUGACCAAGCUGGCGUUUGAUGAUGGUCUAUGGAUUUCGCCCAACGGCAAGUAUUCCCAGCCCACAAAGAUUGAUACCGAGGAAGGCAGUAUCACUAUGUAUGAGGCGAAUAUGUAA